CCGAUACGGUUUCACUGUCGCGGCGUUCCUCCGCCACCAAUCGGAGCUCCUCUCGCCGUCAAUAAUAAAUUCCUAGGGUUUUUCACCGGCCUAUCUCCGUAUCUCUCCAACUCUCGACGCGCUACUCUCUUAAUUGCACCGUCGACGACGAAGUUAAAGAAGCAUGCUUCAUUUGGUGGACAAUCUCAAAGAGACAGAGGGAACGAGAAGGUCGGCACAAGACCAAAUCUUGGGAUAAGAUGCGACAAGAGCCCAAAACAGCAAGUUUUCCAAAAAUUCCUGGAGAUGGACCAAGUUAACCAAGGCAGCAACAAUGAAGCUCCACCAAACCUACCUGUGAAACGAAAACGUGGUCGCCCUCGUAAGGAUCAUAGCCUAAGUCAUGGGAAGAGUGUUAAGGUGCCCCCUGGAUUUGGGGGGGUUAAUGGAAACCAAUUUCAUGAUGUAGAUGCCACUGAAAAUGCCAAUGAUAGUAUUGUGGGCCAGGCAGUUACAGGUGUUGUUGAGGCAGCAUUUGAUGCUGGCUAUUUGCUUACCGUUAAAAUUGGCAACUCCAAUGUCAGUCUUAGGGGCGUUGUUUUCAAGCCAGGACAUUUUGUUCCUAUCUCUGCAGAAAAUGAUGUGGCACCACAUGUUCAAAUGAUUAGCAGAAACGAAGUUUCCUUUCCUGUGCAAAAUCAAUCCCGUGUACGUGGUCGUCGCCCUCGAUCCAGAGAGAGGAAUGAGCAGCGUGGCAAUCUUAGUGGAUCCGGAACUGGUCAUUUACUGAAUGAAUCAGACCCCACUAGUCAACUGCAUAAUCUUGCUCCAGCUACUGAUCAGGUGUCUGCAGAAGGCAAAGAUACAUUACCAGCAGCAGCCUAUACUGUCCCUUCUGUAGGCUCCAGAGGCACUGUGGUGCCUGUUGUACUACCAAUUGCCAACCAAGUCAACAAAGUGCCUGCAGAUUUAUCCCUAGCUGCUGAUACAGUAGCCUCUAAAAAGAAACAGGUGAAGACAGUUUCAAACCAAGUGCCCCUCUUUCAACCUCAGACCAGCCACCUGGUAACACCAGAAGAUUUGCAGAAUGAUAAUGGCCCUUUUCAACAAGGCCCAGAAGAAGUCUUGCAUGGGGAAGUAGUAGUAUCAAUGAAGCCGACUGGGGUUUCUACACCCAAUGAAGUUGAUGGGGUCCAUUUCUCUUCACAGUCCCCUCAAGCACAAAUUGAGAACAGUGAGGCAGCUGAUAAAAGGGAAAAAGGUUCUGGCCUUUCCUUACAAAGAGAGAGUGUAGAUAAGAAUGAGGCUCUCUUUGUAGAGCCUCUCCAAAGUGUCCCUACUGAUACUCCCAAUCCAUCAGGCCGUAUUGACAAGCCUCCUGAGCACAACAAUAUUGGCAGAAUGUGUGAGCUGUUGCAGGCUUUGCAGGACAAUAUGAUAGAACCAGAUACCUAAAGCUGAAAAUCAAUGGCAGAGAAACUGAUAGCUUGAUGAGGAAAUUUUUUGGCAGAAUAGUAAAAGCCUGAGUCCAUGUCCAGUGAUUCCCUGCUUUCUUAAUGGCAUCUCUAAUCUCUAUACCACCAUAGGAACUAUGCCAGAGCAAAUCUGUGAAGAUUCAGAAACUGAAAUCUAGAAAAAGAAAGGAUAUAUGGUUUUAGUUUUAAACAAUAGUCAUCGUUCUAUUUCAUUAUCUCAGAGAAGGAAAUUUAACUUUGUUGCUCCAUUUGGUAGUUGUAAUGUAGUCACCUAAAAACCCAGUAUGUUUGGCAUUGAGACAAGUGGUUAAUUAUCUGAACAUUUCCUGCUGUGGCUUGAGUUUUCAGACUAUUCUAGUUAUGUUUCAGCUUUGUA